AGAAACAUAUUCAAAUUUACAAGAGAUAUAAAAUAAAGUAAGCCAUCUUCAGUCCUGUGACUACUUAAUGUCAGAAUUAUACCACUUCCUGUUUCCUCCCACUGUAAAUGCAUACACACAGCUGGAUAAUGUAAAACUACUGGUUUCCUCUUAUGAAGCAGUCAUACCUCGUUUACGGUAAAGAAACGGACACGGUUUUCCUGUCUCCAUGUGGACUAUUGACCGUGUCGAUUCCACUUCCUUCUUUUACAACCACGUAUAUUCCACAAAACCUGUUGGGUAACUGUAGAUUAUUUCUCAGCCAACAUGACCAGUUGAGACAUAUAACUUGUGCGCUGAGCCUCGACACGGAGGAUCGAGGAAGGUGUACUUCCCGUGACCACACCUCCUGAGACGGGCUCCUUCAUAAGGCAGCUGCACGGCCCACUGCAUUCAAAAGCAUCUGAGUACGGAGGUAUGGCCCAAACAGUGACCAUUGUUUCGAGGCAGCAGUGGGGAGCAGUUGCCCCUAAAAGCAGAGAGGACUUGAAAGACUCUGCCCAGAAAGUUGUCAUACACCACACCGCCAACCCAAGUUGCAAAGACCAGGAAGAGUGCAUGAACCGCCUGGUCAGCAUUCAGAGAAAUCAUAUGACGGAAAGAGACUUCGAUGACAUCGGAUAUAAUUUUCUUGUCGGAGGAGACGGAACAGUGUAUGAGGGCCGCGGCUGGGGUGUGGUAGGGGCACAUGCCAAAGGCAAUAAUCAUGACUCACUGGGGAUUGCCUUCAUGGGAAAUUUCAAAGUUGACAUGCCGAGCACAGAGGCAAUGUCGUCUGUCAAACGCCUGCUGCAGUCUGCCGUUUGUCAGGGCUUUUUAAACCCAAAGUUUACCCUGCUUGGGCACAGGGAUCUGGGACAAACAGAAUGUCCAGGAGGUAAACUGUAUGCUGCUCUAUCACAGCUGAGGGACACAUAAUGCUCACUACAGAUCAUGAUGGUUUUCAUGAAAGACAGAAAAAAGCUUUGACACACAAACCGUCACCAGUUAAAUUUUAAACCCCAGAUUUGAAAUGUACAAAGUGACAGGAUGAAUCUAUUGUACACUAAUGAUCCAAUCAAAUUUUUCUUUUAACAUUUUUAUCAUGGCUGUCCUCAGAACUACGGGAAGCUUUGUGUCCCACAGGUUUCCCAGCCUGUUAGACCUUCUCUUACAGCAGAGGGAGCCGUCAUUUGGGGUGAGACCAGUAGGCUUUAGCUGUCCACCAGUGCAAAAUGCAUGAAAGUCAAUGCACUUUAAUUCACAUGUUGAGUAAUUGUCCCAGAAGCUCUUACUUUUUAAUUUGAUUACAUUCUUUCAAUUCGUCACCAUGCUAAUUUUGUGUUACAUAAGUGCAAUAUUAAUAUGUUUGGCACUACAUUUUACUUAUGAAUACUCUGCAUGAUAUUGUUAUUAAUGGUCAAGUGGUGUAAGCUAAACAUUCACAUGGAUUUAACCUGUGCUAAUAUUAUAUUAAUAAAUACUGUGUUAUCAGCAAUAUUCUGACUGUUUGAUUCAUUAUAUUUUACUUGUGUGAGGAUUUCUCUUUGCAUUCAUC